AACUGGAUUAGGUUUUCAGGUGAAGUUUAUUUUUCUUUUUUUGUCUUCCAGGUGAAGUUUGGAGCCAUGCGUAAAGUCGCCCCCUCCCAGUCUUUUGCGCACUGGCGCGCGGGGACAGGUUUAUUAUAAUGAGGAGCCUGAAGGAGGAGGAGGAGGAAGAGGAGGAGAGGAGCUGAAGACCUUUCUUUUCUCCCUCAGUGGAGCAGCAUUGCGCGGACGGAGCGGAGGUGCUGCUGUUGGAACUGCGUGCGUCCGCGUAAGAAGAGCCGCGUCCGGCCAAGGUUAGAGCGGGAGACCGGCGCGCGGGCUGGAGCAUGGCUCUUCUGCAACAAAGGCAAAGUCGUGGGCGGAAAGUUUGAAGACAUUCGGGGCAGCAACAUGAGGAGCACACGGCGAAAGGAGACGCGCCUCCUCUGGCUCUGCUGGGACUGGUCGCUGGUGCUGUGGUGGUGCGAGCUGCUAUCGCUGGUCCGGGGCUUCGCCGUUCACCUCAGUGAGGAUGGAGCUGCAGGGGCCACGGUGGCCGGCGUGAAGCGGGGCUCUCUGUGUACUUUGGAUCAGGUUCUCGCUCCCAGGUUCACUCGGCGCUUUCUGGACACGGACGCGGCGGCGGGCACCGUGUUCGUGUCGGGAUCAAUAAAGUGUCCCUCGCUGCCUUCAAACCCCUUCACUUUGUACACUGUGGCAGACUGCCGGGACUUGGACCUCAGACACCUCCUCACCUCUCAGUACGACGUGUAUGUCCACGGCAGGAACUGCUCUCACACACGGAGGAGGAAAGCAGAGUGGGACGUGGAGGUGCUGAGUUUGUUCAGCAGCCACAGCGCAGAGUGCCUCCAGGCGCACUCGGCUGUGUUUCCAGUGGGGAGUCUGCUGCCAGCCCCCCUGCGCCGCUGCAAGGUCGCCAACAGCCGAGACUUUUACUUCUUCCAGGGAGGCUUGUUUGUGUCAGAGACUCUGUGCUGGAGGCAGGACAGCCUCCUGGAGCUGGACGUGCUCUGUGAUGUUCUUAACGGAAAUGGGCUGGAAGUUCUCACCGUUCACUGGAGAGUUGGACACAGUUCCUUUAACCAGGGCCGCCUGCAGAAGCUCCUGGAGAAGUCCGCUCUGUCUGAGUCUGGCAUUCUGAGCAGAAGAAGGAGAAGCAUCAACAGAAGCCCCCAGUUCCAACCUCCAAUGUACCAAGUGUCUGUGGCUGAGAACCAACCUGCAGGAACCGCGGUGGUCCAGCUGAAAGCAGUGGACGUGGACGAGGGGGACGCAGGCAGGCUGGAGUAUUUCAUAGAGGCUCUCUUUGACAGCCGCUCCAACAAUCUGUUCGCCGUCGACCCCGCCAGCGGAGCCGUCACGACGGUUGAGGUCCUGGACCGAGAAACGAAGGACACCCAUGUGUUUCGUGUGACGGCGGUUGACCAUGGCUCGCCCCGCCGUACAGCCAUGGCAACCCUGACUGUAACUGUCAGCGACACCAAUGACCACGACCCCGUGUUUGAGCAGCAAGACUACAAAGAGAGCAUCAGGGAGAACUUAGAGAUCGGCUAUGAAGUUUUAACCGUGAGGGCCACUGAUGGCGAUGCACCUGCCAACGGUAACAUCCUGUAUCACAUUCUGAACAGUAAUGGCUCCAACGAUGUUUUUGAGAUAGACUCCAGGUCUGGUGUCAUCCGCACUAAAGGUCUGGUGGACAGAGAAGAGCUGGAAGCCUAUUUCCUGCUCGUCGAGGCAAACGAUCAAGGUCGUGAUCCCGGGCCACGGAGCGCCACGGCCACGGUUCAUAUCCUGGUGGAGGAUGACAAUGACAACGCCCCUCAGUUCAGCGAGAAGCGCUACGUGGUCCAAAUUCCUGAGGAUAAGACCCCAAACACUGAGAUCCUUCAGCUCACGGCUACAGAUAAGGACAGGGGGAGCAAUGCGGUUGUUCAUUUCAGCAUCAUGAGUGGAAACACCCGUGGACAGUUUUACAUUGACGCUCAGACGGGUAAAAUGGACCUCGUGAGCUACUUGGAUUAUGAAGCCAAUAAGGAAUACACCCUAAGGAUCAGAGCUCAGGAUGGGGGGCGCCCCCCUCUGUCCAACAUCAGCGGCCUGGUCACAGUCCAGGUGCUGGACGUCAAUGACAACGCCCCCAUUUUUGUCAGCACUCCAUUCCAGGCCACUGUGCUGGAAAACGUGCCGCUGGGUUAUUCCAUCAUUCACAUCCAAGCUGUAGAUGCAGACUCUGGAGAAAACUCUAGGUUGGAGUAUCAGCUGACAGAAACCACGCCACACUUCCCGUUUAGCAUCAAUAACAGCACCGGGUGGAUCGUUGUGGCGGCAGAACUGGACAGAGAGAGUGUAGAUUUUUACAAUUUUGGCGUGGAGGCUCGCGAUCAUGGCUACCCUGUCAUGUCCUCCUCUGCCAGCAUCAGCAUGACCAUCCUAGACGUCAACGACAACAACCCAGAGUUCACUCAGAAGGCGUAUUACAUGAGACUCAACGAGGAUGCGGCCGUGGGAACCAGUGUGGUGACGGUGUCCGCUGUAGACCAGGACAUCAACAGCGUGGUGACCUAUCAGAUAUCGAGUGGGAACACCCGUAACCGUUUCUCCAUCACCAGCCAGAGUGGCGGUGGGCUCAUUACACUGGCACUCCCGUUAGAUUACAAGCUGGAACGGCAGUAUGUGCUGACUGUCACUGCUAGUGACGGUACUCUGUUUGACACCGCUCAGGUGUAUGUCAACGUCACAGACGCCAACACACACCGGCCCGUGUUUCAGAGCUCACAUUACACGGUCAACAUUAACGAAGACCGACCUCUGGGCACCACCGUGGUUGUGAUAAGCGCCACAGAUGAAGACAUAGGAGAAAACGCACGAAUCACAUACUUCAUGGACGACAAUGUCCCCCAAUUUGAUAUCGACUCUGACACAGGCGCCGUCACCACACAGAUGGAGCUGGACUACGAGGACCAGCUUUCUUACACGCUAGCCAUCACUGCUCGGGAUAACGGUAUCCCACAGAAGUCCGACACAACCUACUUAGAGAUACUAGUCAAUGAUGUCAAUGACAACUCCCCCCGCUUCCUCAGAGACCACUACGUGGGCUCAGUAAUGGAAGACGUGCCGGUGUUCACCAGCGUGGUACAGGUGUCCGCCAUAGACAGAGACUCUGGUCUCAAUGGACGCGUUUUCUACACUUUCCAGGGCGGGGAGGACGGUGAUGGGGACUUCAUCAUUGAGUCCACCUCGGGGAUUGUGCGCACGCUGCGCAGACUGGACAGAGAAAAUGUGCCUGUCUACAACCUUCAGGCGUUCGCUGUGGACAAAGGAGUUCCUGCUUUGAAAACCCCAGUGAACAUUCAUGUAACCAUACUGGACGUGAAUGACAACCCCCCCGUGUUUGAGAAGGAUGAGUUUGACAUCAUGGUGGAGGAAAACAGCCCCAUAGGCCUGGUGGUCGGCCACAUCUCAGCCACAGACCCAGAUGAAGGCAGCAACGCACAGAUCAUGUACCAGAUAGUGGAGGGAAACAUCCCGGAGGUGUUCAUGCUAGACAUCUUCUCUGGAGAACUGACUGCACUGAUAGACCUGGACUAUGAAUCAAGGCCCGAGUACGUCAUUGUGGUUCAGGCCACUUCUGCCCCGCUGGUCAGUCGAGCCACCGUGCACAUCAAACUCGUGGACAAGAAUGACAACCUGCCCAUGCUUAAGAACUUCCAGAUCAUCUUCAACAAUUACGUGACCGACAAGUCCAGCAGUUUUCCCACGGAAGUGAUCGGACGCAUCCCCGCCCACGACCCCGAUGUGUCCGACCAGCUCCACUACAGCUUCGACGUGGGAAACGAGCUGAACCUGGUCCUCCUGAACCAAAGCACGGGGGAGAUCCAGCUGAGCCAGGCCCUGAACAACAACCGGCCCCUGGAGGCCUCCAUGAAGAUCUCUGUGUCAGAUGGUGUUCAUUCCGUGUCGGCUCAGUGCCUCCUCCAAGUCAUCAUCAUCACAGAUGAGAUGCUGUCCAACAGCAUCACGCUACGCCUGGCCAACACCUCUCAGGAGCACUUCCUGUCCCUGCUGCUCGCUCAGUUCCUGGACGGCGUGGCUCAGGUCCUGUCUGCUGCUCCUGAGGAUGUUGUUAUCUUCAACAUCCAAGAUGAUACAGAUGUUAGUGUUCCCAUUCUCAACGUCACCCUGUCGGUGGCCGUGCCGGUGUUUGGGGAGGCCCAUCAUCGCCCUGCUGGCUUUGGAGGCGGCGGGCUGUUGAGAGGCGUGGAGACGGGGGAGUUUUUCGGUUCGGAGGAGCUCCAGGAAAGGCUGUAUUUGAACCGGAGCCUUCUGGCUCAGAUCUCCUCCCAGGAAGUUCUCCCUUUUGAUGACAACAUCUGCCUCCGCGAGCCGUGCGAGAACUACAUGAAGUGUGUGUCUGUACUGAAGUUUGACAGCCUGGCUCCAUUUGUCUCGUCCGACACCAUCCUCUUCAGACCCAUCCACCCCAUCGCGGGGCUGAGAUGCCGGUGUCCUAGAGGCUUCACUGGAGACUACUGUGAGACUGAGAUCGAUCUCUGCUACUCCAAACCGUGUGGAGCUCACGGUGUGUGUCGCAGCAAGGAGGGAGGCUUCACCUGCGAGUGCUUUGAGGACUAUACAGGUGAGCGCUGUGAGCUGUCGUCGCGCUCAGGCCGCUGUGCUCCAGGAGUCUGCAGGAAUGGAGGCACCUGCGUGAACCUGCUGGUCGGUGGAUUCAAGUGCGAGUGUCCGGCGGGCAGCUACGAGAAACCCUACUGCCAGAUGACCACUCGCAACUUUCCUCCGCAUUCCUUCCUGACCUUCAAGGGUCUCCGCCAGCGCUUUCACUUCACACUCUCCCUCACUUUUGCGACCAACGAGCCAAAUGGAUUGUUACUCUACAACGGCCGUUUCAAUGAGAAACACGACUUCAUCGCCAUGGAAAUCAUCAAUGAGCAGAUUCAGCUCACCUUCUCUGCAGGAGAAACCAAGACCACGGUUUCUCCGUUCGUCAGUGGGGGAGUCAGCGAUGGUCAGUGGCAUGUGGUGGAGGUUCACUACUACAACAAACCGGUCCUGAGCCAGGCCGGCUUGCCGCAGGGCCCAUCGGACCAGAAGGUCGUCGUGGUGACGGUGGAUAACUGCGACUCCUCCGUGGCACUGCGGUUUGGUCACAUGGUGGGAAACUACACCUGCUCCGCCCAGGGGAGCCAAUCCGGAUCCAAAAAGUCUCUGGACCUGACCGGCCCCCUGCUCCUCGGGGGGGUCCCGAAGCUCCCGGAGGACUUCCCCGUGCGCAGCCAGCAGUACGUGGGCUGCAUGAAGAACCUGCGCAUCGACAACCAGCACGUCGACAUGGCCAGCUUCAUCGCCAACAACGGCACUCUUCCCGGAUGUUCUGCCAAGAGACAUUUCUGCAACAACAACCCGUGUCAGAACGGAGGAACCUGCGUGAACCUGUGGGGCUCCUUCAGCUGCGACUGCCCGCUGGGUUUUGGAGGACAGAACUGUGAGAGAGUCAUGGCCAGCCCGCUUCGUUUCCAAGGUAACAGCCUGUUGCAGUGGAACAACCUGGAGGCGGUGGCGGCCUCCAUCCUGUGGCACAUCGAGCUCAUGUUCCGCACUCGUCAGCCCAGCGCCCUGCUGCUGCACAUCUCCUCCAGCCUGCAGCACAACCUCACUCUGCAGCUACGCGAGGGCAGUGUGUUGAUGGGGCUCCACAGGGGGGAGGACUCCACCCUCUCCCAGGUGGAAGAGGUUUUGGCGAAUGAUGGGAAGUGGCAUCAUUUGCAGCUGGAUAUCAGCAGCCUGGGAGGGGCGGCAGGCCACCACAAAGCGGUGCUGUCUUUUGAUCACGGACUCUACCUGGCCAGGAUGGAGGUGGACGGGAAGCUGCGGGACUCCAAGCUGAAGACUGUCAGCAUUGGUGGCUUGGCUGGGCCGGAUGGGAAAAUUCAAAUGGGCUUCCGUGGUUGCAUACAGGGCCUUCGAGUCGGCGGCGCGCUCAGUCUGUCUCUGGCGAGGAAGGUGAACGUGGAGCCCGGCUGCCAUGUUCCUGACCCCUGCAGCUCCAGCCCCUGUCCUGCCAACAGCUACUGCGACGACCUCUGGGACGGCCACUCCUGCACCUGCCUCAGGGGGUACUUUGGGACCAACUGCACCGACGUGUGCUCUCUGAACCCCUGCGAGCAUGAAGCUGCUUGCAGCAGGAAGCCCGGCUCCCCCCGCGGUUACAAGUGCGACUGUCCCAGGAACUACUUUGGACAAUACUGCGAGAAAAAGACUGACCUGCCCUGUCCGAGAGGCUGGUGGGGUCACAAGACCUGCGGCCCCUGCAACUGUGCCACCGCCAAAGGGUUUGAUUCCGACUGCAACAAGACGACCGGCGAGUGUCGCUGUAAAGACAACCACUACCGCCCUGAGGGCAGCGACACCUGCCUGCUGUGCGACUGCUACCCGGUUGGAUCCUUCUCCAGAACGUGUGACAGGGAGAGCGGUCAGUGUCAGUGCAAGGCCGGCGUCAUCGGACGACAGUGCGAUCGCUGCGAUAACCCGUUUGCAGAGGUGUCUCCCAACGGCUGUGAAGUCAUCUAUGACAGCUGCCCCCAGGUCAUCGAGGCAGGGAUCUGGUGGCCCAGGACUAAGUUUGGUCUCCCUGCAGCCGUUUCCUGUCCUAAGGGAACUCUGGGCACAGCCAUCCGACACUGUGAUGAGCACAAGGGCUGGCUGCCCCCCAACCUCUUCAACUGCACCUCCAUCACCUUCAGCGUGCUGAGAACUCUGUCGGAAAAGUUCUACCGGAACGCGUCGCUCCUGGACUCCCGACGCGUUCAGCAGACCGCCGCCAUGCUGGCCAACGCCACUGUGCACACGGAGCGCUUCCACGGCAGCGACGUGAAGGUGGCCUACCGGCUCACGCAGAGCCUGCUGCAGCACGAGAUCAACCAGCAGGGCUUCAACCUGACGGCGACGCAGGACGUCCACUUCACUGAGAAUCUGGUCCGCGUGGGCAGCACCAUCCUGUCUCCAGACUCACGGCCUCACUGGGAGUUCAUCCAGCGCACGGAGGGCGGCACGGCGGUGCUGCUGCGCCACUACGAGGAGUACGCGAGCACCCUGGCCCAGAACAUGAGGAAGACCUACCUGAGCCCCUUCACCAUCGUCACACCCAACAUAGUCAUCUCUGUGGACCGUCUGAAAAAGAUGAACUUUGCUGGCGCCAAACUCCCGCGGUACCAGUCCCUGAGGGGUCCCCGUCCGCUGGACCAGGACACGGCCGUCACCCUCCCAGACUCCGUCUUUCAACCGCCUGUGGACACCAAAGGCCACAGACAUCUGGACGCGUUUCCAGAAUCCUCCCUGAGGAACCGCUCCGCCAACCGCAAGAGGCGUCACCCUGACGACAGUCAGCAGGACGCCAUCGCCAGUGUGAUCAUCUUCCACAGCCUGGCCUCCCUGUUACCAGAGAGCUACGACCCCGACAAGAGGAGUCUGCGGGUCCCGAAGCGUCCGGUGAUCAACACCCCGGUGGUCAGCAUCACCGUGCACGACAACGACGAGCUGCUGCAGCACACGCUGGACAAACCCAUCACCGUGCAGUUCCGCCUGGUCACCACAGAGGAGCGCUCCAAACCCAUCUGUGUCUUCUGGAACCACAGCAUCCUGGCCGGGACCGGCGGCUGGUCGGCCAAAGGCUGCGAGGUGGUUUUCCGGAACAGCUCCCACAUCAGCUGUCAGUGUUAUCACAUGACCAGCUUCGCCGUGCUGAUGGACGUCUCCAGGAGGGAGAACGGCGAGAUCCUGCCCGUCAAAAUCCUGACUUGGAGCACUGCUGGGGUGACGCUGGGCUUCCUCUUCCUCACCACCAUCUUCCUCCUGAGCUUGAGAGCCAUGCGCUGCAACAAGACCAGCAUCAUCAACAACGGAGCCACCGCCCUCUUCCUCUCUGAGCUCAUCUUCAUCCUCGGAAUCAACCAAGCGGACAGCCCGUUCCUCUGCACGGUCAUGGCCAUCCUGCUGCACUUCUUCUACCUCUGCUCCUUCUCCUGGCUCUUCCUGGAGGGGCUGCACGUCUACCGCAUGAUCUGCGAAGUCAGAGACAUCAACUAUGGACCCAUGAGGUUCUACUACCUGAUUGGCUGGGGGGUCCCGGCCUUCAUCACAGGUUUGGCGGUGGGACUGGACCCCGAAGGCUAUGGGAACCCGGACUUCUGUUGGCUCUCCAUGUACGACACGCUGAUCUGGAGCUUUGCCGGUCCCAUCGCCGCAUCGGUGUCGAUGAACGUCUUCCUGUACAUUCUGUCGUUCAGGGCCUCCUGCUCGCUCAGGCACCACGGCAUGGAGAAGAAAGAGCUGCGAGUCUCAGGCCUGAAGACCGCCAGCGGAGUCCUCUUCCUGGUGUCGGUCACCUGCUUCCUGGCGCUCCUCUCUGUCAACAGUGACUUGAUCCUCUUCCAUUACCUGUUUGCGGGUUUCAACUGUAUACAGGGCCCCUUCGUAUUCUUCUUCCGAAUCGUCUUCAACAAGGAAGCGAGGAACGCCAUGAAGUUCUGCUGCAGCCGCAAGCGGCCGGAUCACAUGAUCAAAUCCAAGACCUCUGGGUAUAAAUGCAGCACGAGCUACGUGGACGGCCGCUUGUACCACCUCCCCUUUGGCGACUCCAGCGCGUCUCUGAACGGCACCAUGCAGAGUGGGAGGAGCCAGCAGAGCUACGUCCCGUUCGUCCUCAGGGACGACGGCGUGAACAGCAGCGAGGCGCAGAUCGCUCUCAACGACCACUCCUCGCUUUUCCGCGAAACAAACGAGAACCCUGACGAUCACGACAGCGACUCAGACAGCGACCUGUCUCUGGAGGACGACCAGAGCGGCUCCUACGCCUCCACCCACUCCUCUGACAGCGAGGAAGAGGAGGGUCCUCUCCCACCAGAGGAAUGCUGGGAAAAUAUGGCCUCUGGGGUUGCUAGGAGACCCCAAACACAAGACUCCAGCCUGAAGCUGCUGUGGCCUGAAGAUCCUGCAGAACCUCCAGAACCCGUCCCCGGCCGAAACUCGCAAGUUCUGCCAGACGAGCGGCUGCACGACCCGGUGGCCAUGCUGCUGCCCGCUCUGCCGAACCUUAGCGCCCACCCCCACAGAGGGAUCCUGAAGAAGAAGCAGCUCUCUCCUAUCGUUGAGAGGAACGGGCGUCCCCGCGGCCAGCAGGGCGAGGGCGCCGCCUCCCCACACGGGUCGUCCUCCGGCGACAAUCGAGCCGGCAAACCCAGUCCGGACCGGCUAAACGGCGUGGCUCUGAGCAUCAAGGCGGGGACUGUGGACGGAGACUCGUCCGGAUCAGAGUCAUAGAAACUCCGCCCUCCAGACCAGAAGAAAGAAGGAAACAUGGAAUCAAAAAAGGAAUCAGCCUCCAUCACCAUGAUCCUCUGAAGGAGUGUGUGUGUGCGUGUGUGUGGGUGUGUGUGUGUGUGUGUGUGUGUGUGCGUGCGUGUGUGUGUGUUUGUGUUUGCGCAUCAGCAGUGGCUGCACACAGAACAAACCUCCCUUUAAAGAAAUGUUUUUGUUUACAUACUUGAAGCAAUGCACUUUUUUGUUUACUGCCCAGAUUUGACUUUUUUUGUUUUUUAUUGUUAUUUUUUGUAGUUUUUUUGUUCCAUGGUGUAAAUGCUGUUCUGAGGACUGUCCUGGUUUUUGAGGGGGGGGGGGGGGUAUUUAGUAAUAUACUUGCCACCAUUCAGGGAAUUCUCUGUGUUUCGUGCGAUGGUGUUGUAAGCUGCUCUCACGUCUGUGCCAGCCCGCGGAGGUCAGACUCGCCGAGUCACGCCACGUGUCUGAAGGGACACAGGAAGUCAAACACUGAAGGGACUUGAUGAGCGACGGCUCGUCGCUGACGGCUGCCCAGAGCAGUCUGCAGUCUGCAAACCUGCAGGCGGCAUAGACGGCAAGGACUUUUGCUUCGUGAAUUCAUGCAAGCGCUCAGGUGUUGUCGCCUGCAGUCAACAGGCGGAAAUGCCCUGUCUUCUUGACGAGGAGGGACAUGCAGACUCCUGCAGACUUUUGCAGACUCUUGCAGACUCCUCCAGACUCCUCCAGACUCCUCCAGACGCCUGCAGACUCCUGCAGACUCCAGCAGACUCCUCCAGACUCCUCCAGACGCCUGCAGACUCCUCCAGACGCCUGCAGACUCAUCCAGGCUGCUGCAGACUCCUGCAGACUCUUGCAGACUCCUGCAGACGCCUGCAGACUCCUCCAGACGCCUGCAGACUCAUCCAGGCUGCUGCAGACUCCUGCAGACUCUUGCAGACUCCUGCAGACGCCUGCAGACUCCUCCAGACUCCUGCAGACUCCUCCAGAUGCCUGCAGACUCCUCCAGACUCCUCCAGACUCUUGUAGACUGGUGCUCUUCUGCUGGAGCUGUGAAGCAUUUUUCUGUGCAGCAUGAACUGAGAUCUGUCUCUGAAUGUGUAGGAAUCACUGGGAUGUUCGCCAACAGCCUUUCAAGCCGCCACAUGUAGAAAGGACUCGCCAUAAGAACAAGUCAAUCCUGUUAUAACACAAGUUUCUACUGUUUUGUUCCUGUUUUUACCAAUUAAACUGUUUUCUAUCA